UAUACUGUAAAGGCCUGUUUGUUCGCAAGGAGUUGUGGCGCCAUACACGGAGAUGUUCUUCAAAGAUUUGUUCCGAGUCUGAAGCAACUGGUAAGGCUAAAGUUCUAGUUUUGGCUGAUAUUGCAGAGUCAACAUUCUCUCAAGCAAUCUCUCCUGAAGUGUGGAAAAUCUUGGGAAAUAUGAAGAAUGAUGACAUUUCAUCUGUUGUUCGAAAUGAUUUUCUCAUACUGCAGUUGAGUCAGAGUCUUUACAACAAACACGGAAGUGAUCCAACAAAAUUUGAAUACAUCAGACAGAAGGUACGGGAAGUGGGCAGACUCUUGCUAAGCAUGAAAAAAAAAUUCUCCAUACUUAGCUUUGAAGAUGCUUUGAAGCCAAACAAUUUUUACAAAGUCAUUGAGGCCGUGAAAGAUGUUGCUGGUUAUGAAGAAAAGAGCCACUCAUAUAAGACACCAAGUCUUGCGCUAAAGUUAGGACAUUCACUUAACAAAAUUGCUGACAUCAUUCUCUGCAGGGCCAUCGCAGGAGAGGAUGAUGCUCUGACGAAAGCAGCAGAGCGAUUCAAAAGACUUUGCUCAAGUGAAUGGGCAGAACAUGUCUCCCAUGCUGCUCUUGCUACUUUAAGCAAAUCAAAGUUCAACAAACCAUCUACCAUACCAUUCACACAUGAUGUGCAGCUUCUCCACCAGUGCCUAGAGAAGAAAUCAGCUGAUGCUUUUGAAAACCUGAAAAACCAAGAGUCUUCACAGGCAUACGCAGAACUCGCCAAAGUGACACUGGCACAAGUAAUCAUCUUUAACCGGCGUCGUGCAGGAGAAGUUUCAAAAAUGACACUUGAGUGUUUUAUGAAAAGAGACCAAACUGAGCUCCACGAGGACAUAGCUCUUGGUCUCUCUCCGUUUGAGCAAAAAAUGUCCAAGCAUUUUAGCAGAGUAGAAAUAAUGGGCAAAAAAGGGAGAAAAGUUGCUGUUCUGCUAAGCCCUGAUCUUGUUGGAGCAAUACAACUUCUUGUGGACAAGAGAGAUUCAUGUGAAGUAGAUGGGGACAACCCCUUUCUAUUUGCAAGACCAAAGUGUUCAGCCACCAGUUUCUUCAGGGGACAAGACUGCAUCAGGCUUUUUGCAAAUCAGUGUGGUGCCCAGAACCCUGAAUAUCUCAGAUCUACACAACUCCGUAAGCAGGUUGCAACAAUGUCCCAGAUUCUUAAUCUAAAGGAUAAUGAGCUGGAUCAGCUUGCCAACUUUUUGGGCCAUGACAUUCGGGUCCAUAGAGACUAUUAUCGGUUGCCAGAUGCAACUAUAGAAAUUGCAAAAAUCUCAAAGCUGCUUCUGGCAAUGGAGAAAGGAACCCUUGCAAGUUUCCAAGGAAAGUCUCUUAGUGAAAUUGAGAUUGAAGAUGAAAUUGAUCCUGAAUUAGACGACGAAGAAGAAAGUGAUGGAGACGGCGAAGAAUCGGAUUCUCUCCAUAGAGUAAAUGGAAACAAAAAGAGGGUGGACCAUGUAAAGUCGACCCAGGAUGAGGAGAUUGAAAGUUCCAACGGAAAACAAAAAAUGUCCCCCAAUGAACCAGUCAGCUCCACAGGAAAACGAAAAAUGCCCCCAAAUGAGCCUGUCAGCUCCACAGGAAAACGAAAAAUGCCCCCAAAUGACCCUGUCAGCUCCACAGAUGCCAAAUCAAGGAGAAUUGUAAAAAGGCCAUGGACUGCUAAUGAAGUGAAUGCCGUUAUGAAACAUUUUAAAGUCCAUAUUUCAAAGGGACAUCUCGCAACAAAGGCAGAGUGUGAGCAGUGCAAGGCUGCAGAGGACCCUGUGCUAGCAGAAAGAACUGUACAAAACAUAAGGGAUUUCGUGAGGAACCGAGGUUUGAUGUUGAAAAAAAAUAGUUCUUAGACAGAUCAUGGUCACCUUCUUUUAAGGUUUGUGGCUUUUGUUACUGUAAGUUUACAAGUUAAAUGACUGGCUGACUAUUGUUCUCUUGUUAAAACUUUAAAAUCUCUCAUUUCCAUAGUUAAACCCAGAUCGUCCUUACAAUACUAGGUCGUUAUUUACAUACACACACCUAACUAACACCCGAUUGAGAAGAAGAUUUGGGUUAGCUAGAUAUCAUUCACAUACACGCACCUCGGAAACACUUAAUUCCUGUCCAUGUUAAACCAAAAUUGUCCUCAUAAUCAGGUAUUACUUAGG